UAUCAGUUCACAUCGAUCGUUCCAAGCAUUCUCAACUGUUAUUACACACUAUAAAUAGUCCAUCAUUCUUAAAUCGACAUAUCAAGGUAUCACCGCGAAAACAAGAUGGUGAAGAUUAUGUUACAAGUCGCUAUUCUUGUAUUGACCACUUUAGUGGCCAUUACUUUUGCCGAACACGAUGCUACAUCUUACGCGUUUUACCAUCCGAAAUUCGAAAACACCCAUCACGACGGACACGACCAUUACGCACCUCCCCAUUACACGUACAAGUACGGUGUCAAAGACCCGCACACGGGCGACCACAAACACCAGUCGGAGCACCGCGAGGGUGACGUUGUGCACGGCGAGUACAGCCUGGUGGAGCCUGACGGUCGAGUCCGCAAGGUGACUUACACGGCCGACAAGCACAACGGAUUCAACGCGCACGUGCACCACGUGCACCACGCCCACCACCCUCAACACUACGGACACCACGAAGAGGAAUCAAUAAUUAUUCCAAUCAAUUUAUCUCAAUCAGUUUGGUAUAAGAACAGUGAGAAUUCAUUCUCAAUGGCUUGUUUGUUACAGAUCGCUGUGAUCGCCCUGAGCGCGCUGACGACAUUGACGGUGGCCCAUGACGCCACAUCGUACGCCUAUUACCAUCCGAUAUUCCAUCACACCCAACACCACGGACACGACUAUUACGCUCCACCCAAGUACACGUUCAAAUACGGCGUCAAAGACCCGCACACAAAGGACGACAAACACCAGUGGGAGGAACGGGAUGGGGACGUAGUGCACGGUGGCUAUAGCCUGGUCGAGCCGGACGGUCGUAUCCGAAAGGUAACGUACACGGCCGACAAGCACAACGGGUUCAACGCACACGUACACUACGAAAACCACGCUCAUCACCCGCAAGUCCAUCACCACCACAAACACCACCCUCACCACCAUCACCGUCGUGGUGGACGUCAACAGUUUUGAGCGAUCUGAGCGCUGCAGAAUCGCGUAACGACCCCUACCCGUCGACCAAAUUCAAGUCGACAGUUAUUGUUAUCGUUACCUAACAUGUUAUUAGUUAUUACUUAUUAUAUUAUAUGGAAUUGUUAUUGUUGUAAA